AUGAGUUCAGGAACCGCGGAUCUCUGUGGCAGUAGAGCUCUGAGGCAUUAGGAGGUUCCACACCUGCAGAAACCGCUAACGGUGUAUGUUCAUUUGUUACCACGGGAUAAACUUCACAAUGACGUCACGCGUGGACGCGCAGGAACAGAGCCGGCGCUUCUGCGUCUUAUCCUGGGAGCAGGUGGAGCGUCUGGACUCCAUCCUCCGGGAGAGUGUUCCCAUCCACGGCCGCGGAAACUUCCCAACCCUGUCGAUUUCCCCACGCCAGAUCGUGCAGGUGGUGAGGGCCAGGCUGGAGGAUGGAGGGGUUACAGUCCGUGAUGUGAAGCUUAAUGGUUCAGCUGCAAGCCAUGUUCUUCACAAAGACACAGGUUUAGGCUACAAGGACCUGGAUCUGAUCUUUGGCGUGAGUUUGGGCGAUGACCGGACGUUUGAUGUGGUAAAGGAAGUGGUGCUGGCCAGUCUGCUAGACUUCCUGCCAGCUGGGGUGAACCGCGAGCGCCUCAGCGCCCUCGCCCUCAAGGAGGCAUACGUGCAGAAGCUGGUUAAAGUGCGCACUGACACUGACUGCUGGAGUCUCAUCUCACUUUCCAACAACACGGGCAAGAACGUGGAACUGAAGUUUGUAGACACACUCCGGCGUCAGUUUGAGUUCAGCGUUGAUUCAUUUCAGAUCGGACUUGACUCGCUGCUGCUGUUUGACCGUUGCUCUGAGGCGCCCAUGUCGGAGAGCUUUCACCCCACUGUGCUUGGCGAGAGCAUGUACGGAGACUUUGAGGAAGCUCUGCAACACCUGCGCUCCAAAACCAUUGCUACACACGGUCCAGAGGAGAUCCGGGGUGGCGGUUUGUUAAAAUACUGCCAUCUGCUGGUUCGAGGCUUCCGGCCGGCGUCGGAGGAGCACAUGAAAACCCUCCAGCGCUACAUGUGCUCCCGCUUCUUCAUCGACUUCCCAGAUGUGUGCGAGCAACGACGAAAACUUGAGGCGUACCUUCAGAACCACUUUGCUGGCAUGGAACACAAACGCUACGAGUGCUUGAUGACUUUGAGGAAUGUUGUUGAUGAAAGCACCGUCUGCCUGAUGGGUCAUGAGCGGAGACAGACCCUGGCCCUCAUCUCAGCGUUGGCGCUGCGUACUUUCGCCGAGCAGAACGCCAUUCCCGCGUUAUCCAACGUCACCUGCUACUACCAACCUGCUCCAUACGUACAUGAUGGGAACUUCAGCAAUUACUACGUGGCUCAUGUGCACUCUCCUGCUAACACGUACAGGACGUGGCUACCAUGCAGCUGAGUCACGGAGGAGGCAGAAGGUGAAAUCAUGACAAGUGCAUUCCAGUUCUGAGCUGUUGCCUUUCCAUCAUUCUGACUAAGAGAGACAAAUAUUACUGAUUUGUGUUCUUUCCUUCGACCUGUUUUCAGUUCUGUCUCCUCCAACAUAAUGAACACUGCUGUAACUGGUUUGAGCCACUCUGUGUUGUUUUUAACAAAAUAAAUUGAGACUUUAUGAAAACGUGUUGAAAAAGGAAGUGAGAGAGAAAAGAAAAAAAUCUGAAACAGUUCUCAGUUUUAUUUCUUUAACUGUCAUCCAGUUUGUGGAGAAACUGUAUAUAAUAUAGAGUUUUUUCUGUAUGUUUAUAUAUUAAAUCUUUAAAAUAAAAAACUAAAUAAUUCUGCAGAAAAAAACUACUGUUUUACAGAAUCAUGCAGUUUUUCAGGUCUGAUUGUGGUUUUCAGAUUUCCUUCUUGUUUGAGUUUUUGAUAACCAAAGAUUUAAUUUGUAAUCUUCCUGUAACUCUCUGAAACUGAACACAGUAAAAUGUACGAGUUUUAAUUUGAGGAUUUUGUACUGUUUAUUUUUAUUUUCAGCAUCAGGGCGUUUUCAUAUUAAAUAUCUACUAAA